ACGCCGUCCGAUGGAUCGCCUCAAUGGCUGUGAUAGUGAUUCGGAAACACGCGACAUUUUUCUAGACGACCUACUGGCAGGUUUGCCACCUGAGCGAGACCACGACCACAAAAUCGAGCUAGAGUGCAGCGCGCAACCUACUGUUCGGACUCAAUGGCAGUUGAUUCAGCUCGAGCUGGAUGAACUUAGAAGCCAGCUGGACUACCUGCUUGAGGAAGGUUUCGUUCGCCUCAGCACAUCCUCGUUUGCAGCUCCGAUCCUGUUCACCCCGAAGAAAGAUGGCGGUCUGCGAAUGUGUCUUGACUACCGCGCUUUUUCGGCCACUUAGCCAUAUCUGGAUUGCGAGGGG